AUGACAGUCGGUAGACGGCUCAACGACGAAGAGGCCAUACCUCUUACUGCUAAAGAAGCCGGUUCUCGAGAUUCGAUCGAUUCGUCUUCAACAGCCUCUGUAUCUCUUACGCUCGUUGAUGGAACAAACCAUACUACCGCGAAACCCUCCAAAUCAGCUCACAAGGGCGUUUCACGAGACCGAUACGCAGAUGAGAAAUACCGUGACGAUGUUGAGGAAGACUGGGAGGAAGAUAGAUAUAUCCCGUCGAAUGCAAAGCCUAGUCAAAGGAGAACUCAAAUAGUUUUCUGGCUGCUUGUGGCUCUCUGCGUUGGGGGCUGGGCGGUUGCGUUCUUAUUCUUCGUGACGUCCCCAGGCAAUACGAUAAGCACUACCCCAGAUACAGGUUCUGGGAGUCCGGACAGUGAUGUUAUAAAGCCCGGAAGCCCCCCUGCUGGCAAAAAGAUUCCUCUAGAUGACGUUCUAGGAGGCGCUUGGUCACCCACUCAACACACGAUAUCCUGGAUUGCCGGGCCGAAGGGAGAAGAUGGCUUGCUAUUGCAGAAGAGUGAAGGAGGCACGGGGCCAUACUUGCAUGUCGAAGAUGUCCGAAAUAUCCAUGGCACGCAGUCAAACAACAAGUCAAUGGUCCUGAUGAAGGAUUCUGUUUUUUUCGUUAAUGAUGAACGCAUUAGCCCGGAAAAGGUCUGGCCAUCGCCGGAUCUAAAGACAGUACUCGCCAUGACAAGACAAAAGAAAAACUGGAGACAUUCGUAUACUGGAUUAUAUUGGUUGUUUGAUGUCGAGACCCAGACAGCCCAGCCGCUUGACCCUGGUGCCCCCAACGGAAGAAUUCAACUUGCAACUUGGUCUCCAACGUCUGAUGCCGUGGCAUUUACGAGAGACAAUAACCUUUAUAUCAGGAACCUCACUUCAAAAACCGUCAAGGCCAUAACAACGGAUGGUGGAGCAAAUCUGUUCUACGGUAUCCCUGAUUGGGUUUACGAAGAGGAAGUCUUUGAAGGUAACAGCGCUACAUGGUGGUCUCUUGAUGGAAAAUACAUAUCAUUCCUCCGUACAAACGAGACUACGGUGCCUGAGUUUCCUGUUGACUUUUAUCUUUCGAGUCCUCCAGACUAUGCCCCCAAACCAGGUGAGGAGGCGUACCCUUACGUUCAACAGAUUAAAUACCCUAAAGCUGGCGCCCCGAACCCCACUGUCGGUCUUCAAUUCUAUGAUGUCGAACGUGAAGAGAGCUUCUCGGUUGAUGUUAAAGAUAGCUUGAAUGAUGAUGACCGCAUUAUUAUUGAAGUUAUACCAGGCUCUAACGGAAGGAUCUUGGUGCGAGAAACGAAUCGUGAAAGUUAUAUUGUAAAAGUGGCUGCCAUUGAUGCCACGAAGCGAGAGGGUAAAAUCAUUCGAUCCGACAACAUUGAUGAAAUUGAUGGUGGCUGGGUUGAGCCCUCACAUACCACAACUUACAUACCAUCCGAUCCUGCUUCUGGCCGGCCAAAUGACGGGUACAUUGAUACUGUUAUACACGAAGGGUAUAACCACCUUGCGUAUUUCACCCCACUGGAAAACCCGAAGCCAAAGAUGCUUACGACUGGAAAAUGGGAAGUCGUCGCCGCUCCGUCUGGGGUUGACCUUAAGAACAACGUGAUAUACUUUGUCGCUACAAAAGAGAGCCCCAUUGACAGACACGUAUACAGUGUGAAACUCGACGGCUCAGAGCUUCAGCUGCUAAAGGAUUCUGAGAAAUCUGCAUACUACGAUGUCUCAUUCUCCCAUGGAGCUGGAUAUAUGCUUUUGCAAUACCAGGGGCCCAAAAUACCAUGGCAGAAACUCAUGAACUCCCCGAGUAAUACAGAUUCUUACACGGAAAUCCUCGAGGAAAAUAAGCGGCUAGCUAAGCUAUCCAAUGAGUUCGCUCUCCCAUCACUGCAUUAUUCUUCGAUCACUGUUGAUGGGUUCAAACUACCCGUUGUUGAGCGCCGACCACCGAACUUCGACGAAACAAAGAAGUACCCCGUUCUGUUCCAUCUCUACGGCGGCCCCGGUUCUCAAACUGUAAACAAAAAAUUCCUCGUUAAUUUCCAGACUUACGUUGCUUCCACCCUGGGUUAUAUAGUCGUCACAGUCGACGGAAGAGGUACUGGGUUCAAUGGACGCAAGUUCAGAUGUAUCGUACGGCGCAAUCUUGGACACUAUGAAGCCUACGACCAAAUUCAAACUGCAAAGGCAUGGGGUAGAAAGCCAUACGUCGACAAGACCCGAAUCGCCAUUUGGGGAUGGAGUUACGGUGGAUUCAUGACUUUGAAAACGUUGGAACAAGAUGCUGGAGAAACAUUCCAGUAUGGAAUGGCAGUUGCUCCAGUAACAGACUGGCGAUACUAUGACUCGAUAUAUACCGAACGUUACAUGCACAUGCCACAAAAUAACGAGGAAGGAUAUGAAACCGCGUCUGUAUCAAAUUCCACAGCUCUAUCACAGAACACUCGAUUCUUGAUUAUGCACGGUUCGGCAGAUGACAAUGUUCAUUUCCAGAACACCCUCACUUUACUGGAUAAACUCGACAUCAUGGGUGUACACAACUAUGAUAUGCAUGUAUUCCCAGAUUCGAAUCAUGGAAUCUACUUCCACCAUGCUUACAAAAUGGUUCAUCAGCGUCUUUCUGACUGGCUAGUCAAUGCCUUUAACGGUGAAUGGGUAAGACUUCGUGACCCUAAGCCAACAAUUAUUAAGCGUGUGAUACGUCGACUAUUACAUCGGUAG